CAUCCUGUAAAGUGGUUGAUAGUGUGGUUUCUUUUCUUUAAUUUCCGCAAUAACGCGCUAAUUAAAGUGAAUUAGUACUAACUCAUUCUUCUUAAAAUACUUAUUUGGUGUUUAACAGAUCUUACUUGCGAACCACUGAAAAAAGAUAAACAACCCAAGAAGCCAUCCUAGGAUCAUGUCGUCUAAUAUUUGUUCACUUUCAAGUUUUAUCGUGAUAACCGUUGUGAUUCUAUUGAUAUGUGCAGAGUCCUUCGCACAAGCUAGCGACAAUGACGCUGAAAGCCUUACAAAAAUUGGUCAAGGAGUAGGGCAUCACAUAAUGAAUAUUUACUAUUGUUAUUCGUGUGGCUAUAGAAAAGUAUUUGAAGACUAUGCAGGAAUAAUACAACAAAAGUAUCCGGAAAUUUCCGUUAUUGGUGCCAAUUACGACCCUCCUGGUUUAAACAUGUACCUUUCUAGAAUGAUUGGAUUUGGUAAAAUGCUAUUAAUUAUGUGCAUACUAAGCGGCGUGAACAUAUUUGCAUGGUUAAACAAGCCUCAGCCUUCAUGGUGGAGCUGGUGUUUGGAGAACAAGUUGUAUGCCUGCAUGAUGAUGUUCUUUUUGGCGAAUAUGAUCGAGGGCCAAUUAGUAUCAUCUGGAGCAUUUGAAAUAUCACUGAACAACAUACCACUUUGGUCAAAGUUGGAGACUGGAAGGAUUCCUCAGCCUCCGGAACUAUUUCAAAUAAUUGACAAUACUUUACAGUUCUCCAAAUUAGACAUGCCAAACAAUUUUGUGCAAUAAUACUAAAUCGUAAUAUUAUUUAACAAUGUACUUUCUGUUAAAAUAUGAGGGAUGUGUAAAUGAUGUGAAAAGUGAAAAAUCUUUAGUUUGUUGGAUUUUAGUUUAGUAUUUUGCAUUUAAUUGCACUGGUGUGAGCAAAUCCAUAUUAUAGCAUUACUUUCAA